UUGAUAACUGACUGUCGCAAUUAUAAAGGACAAACGCUUAACUCAAUACCUGGCAACUUAAUGCCAGAAGUUCAGAUUUUGAAGUUGCAAGAAAAUCGCAUUGCCAAGCUGACCAACAGCAGCUUCGACAUCUACCCGAAUAUCAAAGAGUUGCUGCUGUCGGACAACGUAUUGCACACGAUCAAGCCCGGGUCGUUGUCGGUGCUGAACGAGCUGGAGCUGCUGGACCUGUCGGGCAACGCGUUGCAUGAAGUACCGGUUGGGUUACCCGCGUCGUUGGUGCACCUGAACUUGAACAAGAAUCCGGUCAAGCGUAUUGAACAGUUGUCGAGCGCUGUCCGGCUACAGGUGCUAAAGCUGAGCCGCUGCGACCUGGCCCAGUACCCGGCACUGGGUGUGAUGCCCAACUUGGUCGAGCUGGACGUGUCCGACAACGAGCUGUUAGAGGACCUGGACUCGGAUAGACUGGCCGUCACGUGUCGGCUGUCCCUGCUCAACGUGACGGGCUGCACAGCGCUGUUCCGGCGGCCCGAGUCUCGUUGCCGGUGCCUGCGUGUCGUUGAAUGGACGCGCACGUAUAAAAUCCACGUGUUGGGCAUGCCACCAUGUCCGGUCGCGCACGGUGGAGGAAUAGCAGACAACUGCACCGCGGUUGCGGCCACGAACGAGACGCGGGCCGUUUUCAAGAAAUGCAUGAUCGAGUGGGAGCGCCGGAACACACCUUACUGGGCCAUUGGCCUGGGGCUGCUCAUCGCAGUGGCCGUAUUGCUGCUGUUGUGCGUUCCCAUACGCUGGUGGAAGCGACGCUGCCACGAGGACAUGAUGCAGAGUAUGCCGGUCACUGACACCAAAGAGAACAUCGAAUCGACCGCCAUCGGCAGCAAGUCCGAUCCAGCUGCGCUACUAUCAUCCCCGUAACCAUUGUGACUCGUUCAGUCUGAUAAUUUAUAUUAU